CUCAAAACUUAAACCGCCUUCUUAAAAUCCAAAAUUUAUAAAACCCUAGCUAAUAGCUAAAUUAGUGUCUCCUCCUCCUUAUUCUUCUUCUUUCUCCGAACAUUAUAUGAAUCUUUCUCAUAAAACCAUGUUUAUGACUCUUUAUAUUGUUUUCCUCUUGAUUUUUGGUUCAUACAACGCCACGGCAAGGAUCGGACCGAUUAAGCUUUCUGAAACGGAAAUAGUUCAAACAAGAUCAAGACAAGAGAUCAUUGGGGGUUUUACAUUCAAAGGUCGUGUGUUCCAUUCAUUUUCUAAAAGGGUACUUGUACCACCUUCGGGACCUUCCAUGAGACAUAAUUCUGUGGUGAAUAAUCUCAAACACUAACUGUUUUUUUUUUCUUUUGGUUUAAUUUCAAUCUCUUAGGAUUUGCUUCAAAAAUUUUUUGACAAUUACAUGAAAUUGUAUUUCGAAAAGAUUCUUAAAGUUGUAUUUAAUGAGUUCAUUCACAUUUGUAAUAUCUCGGUUGGAACGUUAUACGUAUGUAUAUAGACUAUAUCUUUCAUUAUUUGUUAUGGGAACAAAAAUUCAAAUUGAUAAUGAACAAGACAAUUUCUAUUCACAAGCUAUGGAAUUUGCGAAUUGUAGAAAUCUCUCAGCAGUAA